UUCCUGAAUAUUUAUAAUUAUUGUUGUCAAAAUUAAUAAUGAAACAAAACUUGACUUUGUAAUGCUGUGCUCCUUAAUACCAAGAGCUGGUCCAGCAGCUUUGGCUGCCUGUGGUUUAAUACACUAUUCUAUGGCCGUGACAUUACCUGGAGAUGCCUACAACACCCUGCAAGACUACCACCCUCCCUCCUGGGCCCAGCACAUCAAGCCUCAGCCCUCUCAAUAUGUACAGCUUGCAACAAGACCCACUCCCAUCCAUCGCUGGCUGUUGCCGGGGGUACCUGAGGGAGUCCAGGUUUCGGUCAAGAGAGAUGAUAUGACGGGAAGCCUUCUCUCUGGGAAUAAAACCCGUAAGCUUGAGUUCUUGCUGGCUGAUGCCCUCCAGAAAGGGUGCGACAAUGUGAUCACCAGUGGAGGUAUUCAAUCGAACCAUGCUAGGACAACAGCCGUGGCUGCCAGGCAAUUAGGUCUGCAACCUCACCUGGUUCUGAGGUGGAAAGGAGAGUUGGAUCCAAGUGCAGUGGGGUGUACUGGCAAUAUGUUUCUGAAUCGCUGUGUGGGUGCUAAGAUAAUGCUCGUUCCUCCACUGAAGUACUCAAGCACAGUAAAGGGUGAGGAGAGCCUGAGGCAGAUUGUGGAGGAGUACUCACGAGUGCUGAGGUCACAAGGAGCUAAUCCCUACAUCGUACCUCUUGGAGGCUCAGAUGAGAUUGGAGUGUGGGGCUACAUUCAAGCAUUCCAAGAACUACUGGAACAAGGAGUCGCUGAGAGGUAUGAUGAUUUGGUGGUGGCUGUGGGGAGCGGAGGGACAGUGUGUGGACUAGCACUAGGCAACUAUCUCACAGGAUCAAAGCUCAAGAUCCAUGCUGUGUGCAUAUGUGAUGAUGCCAACUAUUUCCACGAACACAUUGACGAAACUCUUCAUGCAAUGGGCUUUGAAACCAACUCAGAAGGAAAACCACUACGCUCAAGAAACAUUGUGGACAUUAUUGAAGGCUACAAAGGCCUAGGAUAUGGCCUCACAACACAAGAGGAGCUGGAUCAACUGUUAGAGGUAUUUACUGCAACUGGUGUCUCUGUGGACCCUGUGUACACUCUGAAGGGGGUGAGAGGGAUGCUGUCAGAGCUCGUUAACAAUCCGGAGCGGUUCGCUGGGAAGAGGGUACUCUAUCUACACACUGGUGGAGUAUUUGGGUUAUAUGAUGGAAGAAUGGAGCAAGUGCUAUUGAACAAUCAGACUUCAAAUAAUGUAUUUAGCUAUAAAGAUGUCAUUACAUCUACUUCUUGAUGUGUAUUUAUGCCUCGAGGCGUAGCCGCACGAGGGAUACGGUAAAGCUGACUGUGUGUGUGUCUGUCUGUCUGUGUGUGUGUGUGUGUAUUCCAGCUAUAACUGCUCAACGGUUACAAUGCGACGAAAACUAACAGCUUCUAUAGGCUUCUAGCCACGUUCUCUUGGAUUUUGAUUUGUGGAUUAGCAAACUAAAGCUUCUUUCUCGAGUUAUGGCUAGUUUGACUCACAUUGAAGGCUGUUGCAGUCUCUUCAGAAUCUUUCAUAGCAUCAUCUGUUCGCACAAACUUUCUAUUCAACUUAUGAGUUAGCCUUGCACUUAAGCGCUAGCUUUUUGUUGGCUACAAGAGUUAGAAAGAGCUGCUAAAGAAGCUAGCUAUUUUAGUAGCCAUUAUUGAUUGAACUGCAGACACACCCCUAUUCCUGGAUGUAGAUCUAAUGCGCAUGCGCGCUCAAUACCACGUGUAAGAGAAUCCAUUUUGCAGAGAAUCAGCUUUGUUGAGGUCCAGGUAAGCUACAAACCAACCUUUUCUGAUAAUUACUCAAUUUAUAUUAUUUGUUACUGUGUUUAAUCAAUUGCUAACACCUAUUCUGUCAAUUUGAAAUCAUAAUUAUUGCAAAU